AUGACGUUGGGCCUGAUCUGGACCAUCAUUCUUCGCUUCGCCAUCCAGGACAUUAACGUUGAAGAACUGUCUGCACGCGACGGACUUCUUCUAUGGUGUCAACGUAAGACAGCACCGUACAACAACGUGAAUGUGCAGAACUUCCACACCUCCUGGAAGGACGGUCUUGCUUUCUGUGCUCUUAUUCACAGGCAUAGACCAGAACUGAUCGAUUAUUAUCAACUUCACAAGGGCGAUCCAAUUUACAAUCUCAACUUGGCCUUCGAUGUGGCUGAAAAACAUCUUGACAUUCCACGAAUGUUGGAUGCAGAAGACAUGGUGAACUCACAUCCGGACGAGAAAGCUGUCAUGACGUAUGUCUCCUGCUACUACCACUAUUUCAGCGGAAUGCGUAAGGCGGAAACGGCAGCGAACAGAAUCUGUCGGGUGCUUAAAGUCAACCAGGAGAAUGAGAAAAUGAUGCAGGAGUACGAACAUCUCGCCAGCGAUUUGCUCGCUUGGAUAAACCACUGGAUGCCGUGGUUGGCUAAUCGAACCACCGACGACAAUUUGUCGAAGGCACAGAAGAAGCUCGACGACUAUCGCAAUUAUAGACGGCAUGAGAAACCGCCACGAAUCGAAGACAAGGGUCGUCUAGAGACGCUGUUCAAUACACUCCAAACUCGUCUGCGGUUGUCAAAUCGACCGGCAUUCCUUCCUCGAGACGGACAUCUUGUUAAGGACAUUAACAAUGCAUGGAAGAAUCUCGAAGACUCGGAGAAGGGCUUUGAAGAAUGGCUUCUCAGCGAGAUCAUGCGUGCGCUUUGCACGAGGAAUGGUCGCAUGGUAAGGAAGAGGCGCUUGCGUAGCCAGGACUGGAAGAGCUGUGGAUUGUAUAAGAUCAAGGCUCUUCGCAAACGUCAUGAAGCUUUCGAAAGCGACCUUGGUGCGCAUCAGGAUCGAGUUGAACAGAUUGCUCUUAUCGCCAGAGAGCUCAACAAUCUCCGUUAUCCGGACAUUGGACCAAUCAACGCCCGCUGCCAGAGUAUUUGCUCGCAAUGGGACCGUCUCGGACAACUGGCAUCUCAGAGACGAAUUGCUUUGGAGGAAGCGGAACGAGUCGCUGAGCGUCUUGAUGCGCUUUAUCUCGAUUUUGCCAAGAGAGCUGCUCCGUUCAACAACUGGCUGGAUGGUGCUCGUGAAGACCUGGCUGAUCUAGUGAUUGUGCACGAAAUGAAAGAAAUCCAGGAACUCUGUUCCGCCCACGAUCACUUCAAGUCGACCCUAGGAGACGCUGAUAAGGAGUUUGCUAGCAUUUCCGCUAUCGAGCAGGAGAUCGAGCGCCUUGUGGAAGCUCAUGGACUCGAUCGUGAACUGCUCCGCAAUCCAUACACGGAUCUGUCCGCCAUCGAUAUUCGCCGUAAAUGGGGUGAAGUACAGCAGGCAGUACCAAGAAGAGAUGGGCAGCUGCAGAGCGAGCUGCGAAGGCAGCAAAAUAAUGAGCGCCUUCGCACCGUAUUCGCUGAUAAGGCAAAUCAGGUUGGACCGUGGCUCGAGAGGGAACUAGAGCGGGUGAGAUUUUUGGAAUUCUGUUCAAUGCAAACCCUGUUUGUGUAG